AAUGAGUUGAACACGAGUGGUGAGCUGUAGAGAGAGAGAGAGAGAUAGGGAACAGCAUCAGAAGACAUUGCUCAGUCUCCAGAGCCGAAUGAAAGGUUGUGUAUCUCAUAGAAUACACUAAAGAACAAAUUAAAACAACAAAUGGAAUCUCUCAACAACUGAUUUAUUACAAAGUGCAGAGCUAUAUCUAAAAUCAAGGAUGGAACACACCACCUUGGUUUGUUCUGCCCAGGGUUGGUGCGGCCCUAUUGUUUCAACCUUCUUACCUGAGUGGGAUGAUAAUGUGAACUCGUUUCUGAUGGCACCAGAUGUGAUCAAACCUCCUCCACAAUUCCAGGAUAUAGAAGAGCCAAUUCAGACAUCACUGACUAACUCAGCUGUCGUGAUAAAAUGGGAUAAAGAUUGUGUGAGCUCCCUAAUGAAGGAGCGUAGGAGUAGGCCAACCAGUAACAUAGAGGUCCACAGACGCUCCUUGUCCCUUUCCACCACCAUCAAUUCCAAUCAAGGUGUGACCCGGCGCCGGUGUGAAAGCUAUGCCCUGUCAUAUCCCAGCAGCAGCUCAGAGGACAGUGGCAGUGACAGCACCUCUGCGAGGUGGGGAGAUCGCCUUCCAGAUGCGGUGCCACGGUCUAGGUCCCGGAGCAUUGUUGUUAGGAAGGCCAAAAGGAAACCAGCCCCGCCAGUACGAACCGUAUCAUUGCAAAGGCUCACAACUGGGAAGCAUUCUGAACAUAAAACAAAGGCACACCUUAAAAAAGAUGGCCAGAACAUCAUGCUACUGCCAGAUCUUAUUCCAACAUCUAAACCAGAAGUUGGUAAAUGUAAGCAAUCAACGCCAACAAACGAAGCACCUGAAAAGGUAGCACUGAUUCCAUCUAACUCUUGUCACAGAGCACUAAAUGAGCUACGGUCCAGUGAGCCAUACAAGUCUGACUUAGGUCCCUCUAUGGCUGCUCCAACAAAUGAUGAUGCCCGUGGUAAUUCUGAAGCUAGCACUUUCCCAUCCUCCUCUCAAUCCUCCCCCUCCCAGCCAUCCAUUCUUUCUCCUUCCAAACCCCUCGAGUCAAAUUCACCAUCAAGUGGCUUUGGAAGCCAAUGUGAAACACCCACUCAGUCAUUCCUAACCUCAGUUUACAGGGGACCUUCUCAGUUGGACUGCAAGAUGCGCCCUAAGCCUUCCAGCGCAAUUCCUGGUCAAAGGGCAAGGCACCAAAAUGCAAGGCUAUCUCUUCAACUUCCUGAGGUUCAACAGUGCACCCCUGAUCCAGAACCUUCUACAGUUCAACUGAAAUCAAACCGUCGCUUCUUGGACAGCACAGAAGCCACCAGACCCAAGCAAAGGCUGAGUAACAGCAUGUUCAUCAUGCCAGUGGUGACUCAGGAAGAGCUGAACAAUGUACAUUUACGUUCAAUUAGUAGCUCUGAUUUAGAGAAUGCACAGGAAACUAUGACAGAGGUUAUCGAAGAGGAGACCGAAAGGAGUAGAAACUCUCUUAGCCCCGCAAACAGCCCAAAAGCCAAACCACCAGUGGCUCCAAAGCCCCAGAGAAACAAAUGGCCACCCAAUGCCAUGGUGCAGCCACAUUCUGGAACAGCUUCAGAUCCAGGACCCUCAGAAGUCAUAGCUACUGAACGGCAGGAGAACAUUUGCACAAUGAUAGAAAAACCUGCAGUGACCACACCAUCCCCAAAUAUUGCCAGUAUUGUACAAGGACAUCAUCAGAGGUGGCAGAGAUUUUUCGAUGGACACUCUCUCCAGACAAUGAGGGAGCCCUGUCAGCCACAACCCCCAUGCACUCUUGAGCCACAGUACUCAAAUCUGCUUUCCAUCAACAAAACCUCCCGUUCAAACCCAUAUGAUCUUCAGAAGAACAGAAGAGCGCCAACACCAAUUCUGGCAAGGACUCCAGGUGUGGAUAACUUGUCUUCUGAUUACUCCGCUGCCCUGAAGAACUCGGACAAUGUCCAGUCUCCUUCUAAGCUCUGCAAGUCUCCAAAAUCUCCAACUUCUGCAAGUCAAUAUCAUGUCACCCUCUAUGGUGUCAUUCCAACAUAUCCAAUGGCCAUUGAACAACAACACACAAGUGCACCAGAUCAUCCCUCGUGCAGUGUAGAAAAAAGGGACAGUAUGCCAGACCUUGGACCUCUUCAAUUGGUGGGAGAGGAAGAGGAUGUAUUUCUUUACAAGUCAAAAUCUCACACAACAGAGGACUUGUUCACCAUCAUCCACAGAUCUAAAAGAAAGCUCCUUGGUCGUAAAGACUCCUUUGAAAACAAGCAGGGUGAUCCUGGCACACAGACACUUGGUGGGGGAGGCUCCAAAAUCAGUUCUCAAAAUGACAACUUCAUGGCUUUCCUGAGAAGGACAAGAAGUGCCAAGGCUGGUUGCAGUGAAAGAAUUUCAGCCACAGAACUCCUCAGAAGCUCCAAACCCACAGCUAACAUUGCAGCAAGCAUGACCCAUUGCAAAAAUAGCUAUGUACAGUCACAUGGCCCUUAAAAUGUAUUUGUUUUGGAUGAACUCUCCCAGUUGUGUUUUAUGUCUAAAAUGUAUUUGUCACCACAAUGUAAAGGUAAAUUUGAAUGUUUUAAUGAUAUUUCCUCCAACAUUUUUACAGUUAUUGUCAUAAUGUUACUGAAUGUUGAAACAAAACUUUUUGUUUUUGGGCUCUAUCUUCCUGCCUUCCAAAAUGAGUUCAGUAUUUUAUUGAGCAGCCUAUAGCUGUUGAAUAUCAAUGACUGUUUUAAAAAAUGUAUUGCUGUAGAGUUGCACAUGUUCAGUAUAUAAAAUGUAUUUUCAGCUGUUGUUGUUGUUUUAGAGUAUAGUACUCUGAGAUGUUGGAUGCAUUUAAACUAUUUAAUGCUUAAAGAGACUUAUCCAAAUUUUAUAGGCUUAAACUUUUCUGCAAGUAAUUUAAACACGAAUCUCAAAGAGAAAGUGCCUGACUAUUGAAUAUGAGAAAUGUAAGAGGGAGAGCUGGUAGAUUUUAUAAGAAGGAAUUAAUCUGAUCCCUCGGUCGCACAGACAUAACUCUGCAGUGCUAUCACACACCUGCUACAGUCUGACUUUACGUGCGUGUGGCAGGGCGGAGGGCAGGGCGGAGGGCAGGCCGGGAUUCCGCACACCCGGCCCCUAAUUUGCCUGAUUAAGCCCAAGAGGGAUAUAGGCGACCAGAGAUGGCAGUGUGACAGAGAGAGAGAGUUACGGGCAGCUGCCUGACACCUGUGUGUGUGUGUUUGUAUUUUUGCUUAAGUUUUUUAUUAAAAUAUUAUUUAUAUUGUUAAGCUGGUUCUCGCCUCCUCCUUUCCAUUGAACUGUGUUACAGUGCAAAAUAGGGCACCUUAUUCUUUUCUGAGUAUUUAAAGUAUUUACUUUAUUUUCUAUUCACUUUUUAUUUGUAUUGUAUUGUUUCAUUAUUAUCUUUCUAUUAUCUCUUGUUGUUGUCUUGUUUGUGCACUGGUAGCUUCUGUCACCAAGACAAAUUCCUAGUAUGUGUAAGCAUACUUUGCAAUAAAGCUCAUUCUGCUUAUGCAAAUAUUUUUUUUGUGGUAAUCAACAUUAUGUCACAAAUGCUGUCAAAUGACCUUUACUUGUAUUUAACCUGAAACUGUUACGAAUCACUGUUGUCUGCCAAGUGUUUAGCCUCUGUCAUCUGUUCCGCCUGGACUACAUUUCCCAUGAUUCCCUACCCUGAUCACUACCAGCUGUUCUCUAUAGUUUUCACCUGUGUUACAUUUACCUAAUUAUCCCUUGUGCAUAUAUUGCCCUGAUGUCUGUUCCCCUUUGUCAGUUGUUAAUGUUUCAAUCCAAUUUAUGCUCCAGUUCUAGUCCUGUUUGUUUACCUUUUGUUUCAUUUCCUGUCUUGCCUUGUUUCAGCAUUAUCCUGCUUUGUAUUUUGUUUUGUUAUUAUUAAACAAAGCUGCGUUUAGAUCCUGCCCUUGUGACAUCUUUCAUUGUAACAGAAGCAUUCUUUUAAUUACAGAGAUGUCAUAAACAAUUGUGCGACUAAGGAUAUGGUACACAACUAUUAAAACAGCUAGCAAGAGGCACUGUAUGUUAUGUUAAAUUGUGCCUUGUUGUUUGUUGACCUUUAUUGUUAAAAUGAUAGUUCACCCAAAAAUCAUGGCCCUAAGAAAUGCACAAAUUAGGUAAUGCUUUACAAUAAGGUUUAAUUCGUUAAAAUUCGUUAACAUUAGUUAAUGCAUUAAGUAUCAGAACAAACUAUUAACAAUAUAUUUUUCAGCAUUUAUUGAUCUUUUUUUUUGUUUUUAAAUGUUUGUAA